AUGUCAUCGACUUCAGGACUUCCUAGGACUAAAGGAAGACAGGGGAAGAAUGAUGACUUCGACAGAGGACACCGGACCGCAUUUGUUCUAGUUGACCUCGGAGGUCCUGUGGUCCAUCCGGCAGGUAGAUUCGUCUUUUGCCUUAACUACUCAAUAUUUGCAGCUUUUAAUUUUAUCUCUUGCAUGCAGAACACCUACGCACUUCUGCACCCUGUUGUUUAAACGUUGUGCUGUGUCCCCUGAUCACAUCCGGUUUCAUUUCCGGUCUAGUAAAAUUUCAACAAAUAAAUCAUGCGUCUCAGACUCAAAAAGGGACCUACUGAUAACAACUGUUUGCGUUUUCCUGAAUUCAGUAAAAUAGGAGGUAGGUGAACACAGUGGUUGGGUUUAUUUGCCUUUUCCAAAGAUGAAUGGUUUUAAUCUGAACCAAAUUUCCUCGGGAAUUCACUGCGUGACACCAACUUCGAUAAGCUCAUCACCCCCCACGGCCCGCCUAAUCGCACCGGCUUGGGAAAUGUUUAGCAUUUUUUGAACAGCAGCUGUAGGUAUAUAUAAUUCUUCCUUUAUCGAGACUGCUUUCCUUAUGCCUGAUAUGCACAACUACGCAGAAUAAGUAGUCUCGACCUGUUACCGCAAAGUGACGUUCCUGUAUGCAUAUGAGAGAGAGGAGCACCCUCCGUUCGAUUAAACAAAAUUUUGUUCUAUUUACUGCAGCUUGGCUGCGCAAUUCGGUUAUCCAUCUUCGAGCUUCUAAUGUUUUCAGUUGUAGUAACGAAUAAUUCAGAACGUUGCUUGACGUGCGUGUGAUAUGGAUAAAAUAACGUUGUAUCCUUACAGCUGUGCAUUUAGAUGGUUUUUAGGUAUCGAGUGCUAUCGAUGGCCGUUGGUUUAUCAAAUAAGGACAAUCUGAAAAGAUAGUGACAACUUGUGCAAUAUCGGACCACCGUGCUUUUCAUGGGUUUAUAAUUAUUCCUCAAAAACGCAAUUCGCACACGUCACAAUAUGUAGUUACAACUAAGAGGUCUCUUUAUAGCAAUGUGGGAAAAUAUCUCAAAUCAUUUCGAAGAAAAUGCCUAGCAUCUAACUUCGAAGCCAUUCGAAGAAUAGAAAAUCCGGUUAUAUUCUGGACUGUUUAGACAUUAAGGAACAUUUGCGAAACCAAGUCAUCCUUUUUAGGUAGAGCAGUUUCCGACUAAACCUACUUUUUGACACAUUUUUCAACAAUGCAAUUUAAAAUCCAGUAAAACAAUAAACCCUUAUUUAGUAAUGAGUUGUUGCGUGAGGCGAGCAUUUGACAUUAAAAUUAAUUAAAAGUCGGCUUCGAAUUAUGCUCCCCAUUACUUCAUUUACUGUCCACGCCGAAAUACCACAUUCUAUUUCAAAUUUUAUUUCACGAUUCACCUUAAAAAUUAGGACUUUUACCAUUUAUAUUAUGCCACACUGUAAUUCUCUAGUCGCUUUGCGACAUCGCGCGAGGGUUCUGGAUUAAUCUCCUGGGUGUAAUUGCAAAGCCUGCCUUGUGACCUGGUCGUAAAAACGUAGCUCCAACGCACUUUCCCUUUUCAGAGAUGUUUCUAAGAUUUGUUCCUAAAUCCCUGACCGCCCUAAAAGACGGCAGUUAUUUCAAAACGUAGAUUUCAUAUUGUCAGCCGCAUUAGACUCCAAGAGGCCCUGUCAGGACUUGCGAAUUAAGGCACCAGGUUAUUAUUCUGGAAUGGCCACGCAAGUAGGGAGUCUCGUCUGACCUACUAAAGUUUGUACUUCAACACACUCACCUAACUGUUCGGUCAUCGCUAUCGACUUGCGCUGCAUCUACCGCACUCUCUCGCCCGCCUGAAUUCAGUCUUAAGACAGAGUCAAGAAGACCGGAGGCCGAGGAUGGCGCAGGUAGACAGCACAGUCUAGCCCGCACUUUGGUAUUCACUUCACACACUAAACUAAUGAAGGUUGACUUCCUUUUUAACCAGACAUUGAGGCCCAAUCCUUCAUCAUGCGUAUCCGCGAGGUGGAGAUGGGUUCCUCCAGGGUGAUGGAGCAGAGUGAACCGUCAGGAGAGGCUCCAUCACCACCGACUCCCUUUGUUGGCCAAAUGCGUCGGUUCGUUUUCAAUGGCAUACGCCCCUUUGAAGAGGACGAGGGGGGAGGAGGCAAGGACUACAUCCUCGAAGCCACUGCUUCUGUUUCCGGGGGUCUUAAAUCCCUCCUCCCACAGACCGCCUCUCCUGGCGGCGUCGGUGGACGCUCUUCAAAGCACGUGCUCUCCGAUCUCCUCUCAGUUGUGCAUCCAGUCACCUUCAAAACUGCCGACUGUUUCCUCGUUCUACCAACCCUGAAGUUGUAUGACGCAUUCUCGCUGCAGUUCAGCAUUAAUACACGCCAGACAGAUGGUAUCAUACUCUUUAACUCUGCCGGUGAAACUGGAGAUUUUCUUGCACUGGAACUGGUUCAGGGCAAUCUAGCUCUGUCGUUCGACAUGGGUCACGGAGUCCAUCAGCAGACGGUUGGAGAUGUCGUCAUGAGUGAUGGGCAGUGGCACCAUAUUCGUCUGUACAGGUAUGUCAGAUCAAUCACCCGGUAGGGUGGAAAAUGCGUAUGAUGCUUUGUUAGUUCUCUCUACGCUAUUAUCUUCGUGUCAGGCUUAAAUUUUAAGUCAGCUGCUGUCUGCCUAUGUUGACAAAAUAGUAGUGAUUUGGACGGCCAGGCUAUUGUUUAUGGCCGCGGCUACUUAUUUGAGGUGGCAUUUGUGUCGAGCAGAAGAGCUGAACAUCUAAGAACUGUGUGGUAAGAUGUGAUUAUGUAGCCGCAUCUGAUGAACAUAAUACUGUUAGCAGACUUAAUUAUUUUCACUUAGUGUGUUUACGUCGGCGUGGUGUUACUGUGUGUUGCGGUGUGUGCUCGGUUGGCGACCUUGUUUCUUUGUUGCGCUGUCUACCUUUUUGGCCCAAUUCCGGUGGUCCUUCCUGACUUUCGGCCUGUCUUCUCCUUCUAAUUUUCGCAGGUUCAGGAUUUAGGGCUGCGGUUAAAGGUUAGGGUUAGGGAUGUGUGUGAGGGGUGCAGCAUCUGAGCUACAUUUAUCAAGGCAAAUCCCAGAUUGGAUGGAGGAGAAAGAGGGCACCAGAAUUAGGGGUUUUAUUGUGAACAGAACCCGGAAUUUUCCUCUCAGGCGGCAGUGGCCGCUGGCGAAGCCAGUGCUGGUUUUGACUGCGUCCAGUCAGGCCUGAGAGUCCUUGAGAUAGUGGUGGCAGCCCGUUUUGUAGGCUCGUGGGCAAGCCCAAGUGGUGUCCAGUCCGUGUGUGUUGCAUUUGCCGAGGGGUGGUGUCCCAGUGGCUUAGGUUGCGGUUGUAGGGGGAGGUGCGUUCGAGCAGCCUCAGGCGACAGUGGCCACUGGCGAAGCCAGGGCUGGCAUUGACUGCGUCCAAUCAUGCCUGAGAGUCCCUGAGAUAGUGGCAGCAGCCGCCCGUGGGCCAAGCUCAAGUGGUGUCCAGUCCGUGUGUGUUGCAUUUGUCGAGGGGUGGUGUCCCAAUAGCUUAGUUUGUGGUUGCAGGGGGCAGGUGCGUUCAAGUGGCCGCAUGGGCAGCUGCGACUGUGUGAACGCAGGUAUGCCCCAGCUGUCCGUCGUGUGACUUCAAGUCAGCGCGUCUGGACCGGCUCACUGCAAAGGGGCGAAUACGCUUGGGGCAGCGAGGUCUUGAACAAUGACGCCAGACCGGUUAUGAUGGCUGCCCGCUACAGGGCUUAGGGGUUAGAGUAAGGGUUUUGGGUUAGGGCAACCAGUCAAAGUACAGCCACGCAUUCCCAGUAGCUUUUCCUUUGCAUACAACUACUUGACAUCGUCGCCCGUGCGUUCCCCGGCCCCACCGUUCACGUCUUACAGGUGGCUGGGGUUUAUUUACCUCAGUUGCCGCUAACCAUUUGGUCAACUCUUUGUGGCAUUGAGAUCCUCAUUAUUGCCACUUAUUAAAAGGGGACACUACUUUUAACGUCUAAUAAUACUCCGUUGACUACCGUAAAGUCUUUUUACUACCCUUGCGCAACAGGCACCGCGAGGUCUUUUUGUGUCUUUUUUCGUCAGUUAUUUUCUUUUUGCACAGUUGUUCUCCGGGCUAGGUAACCCCAGCCAUAGACCAUACUCUUACCAUUUGGACUCCUGUAGUAGUCACAAAUCUUGACACUUGUUUUGCCAGUUGGCUGUUGUUAAAAGUUUCGGCUCCCCAGUAGAUCUACUCAGCCUUCCACUCUGAUUUCCGGUAUCCUUUUGGGCAUCUGCAGAAACGUUAUGACUUGGGAUUCACUAAACCACACUUUAGUCAUCAUGUAUUAUAGGUAGAAAGUUUGAUCAAGGAGUGAUUCAUAAAGUACGGAUUAUCCCCAGAAACAUUGUUCCGUUCUCAACGACGCUGAAGUAUGUGCGUUCAUAUUCUCUCAUUUUAUCGCCGACUCCUACGACCUAUAUACCUGCUCCGCAGGGGCAAAUGAAUUAGUAAAUGCACAUUGAGGCGGUCUGAGAUGAAACUAGGAGAACAGACAGCGCCAUCCUUGCGCAUGCAGUGGAUUCAGAGCAUCGCGUGGACCCCGCUGAAGCAUUUCGUGUGAGUUAUAAGGUCCCCUCGAGCUACCCUAAGCUACUUGGCCAGCGCCUGUUAGUAACAACAGAAGCGGUCGCCAUUAGGAUACGAAAACCGACCCGAUGCGCCCAGAGGAACCUCAUUCAGGCUCCCCGCUUACCGUCUCCAAAGGUAGACUAACCGCAUACAACUUUCUGCGCCCUUCCGCUCUUGCCUUGCCUGUAUUUUAAAAAAACUAACUUUUACCGAGUUAUUCACUCACUGUACCCCGUCCCAUAUAACUAUACUGGCCUGAAGAGAAGCUAUAGAAAACAGCGCUCGCUCGCCACCGUUACUGCUGAAUAUAGCCAUGGAAAUUUUCACAAUCCUCUUAUUUUGUCCAGGACGGAUGUGACGGACACCUUCCUGACACUGAGCAUAGAGGAGGAGUCGGGGCCGCCCAGACUGUUCAACAUCACCAUACCCUACCGCGACCGGGCGCGAAAUUUCAAUUUCUACGAACCUCUCUACCUGGGUGGCAUUCCUGUGCAGAACGUAGCGCGGCGGCGAGAGAAGAUGAUUUCGAAACACGGUAUCCAGGUUCGUGGAUGUUGCUGUCAACUACUAAUGGAUCUUUGGAAACACCAGCUAGUAGCAUCUUAUACGACCUGCUCCACCAAGCUGCAUAUUGGAACGGACGCAAGCCAAGCUAACUGGAAUUUAGAAGACGAUCUCUUGGAGGUGUAUUAGAGAUCACAAUCAGCUGAUCUUCCAUAAGACUGCUAAAGAAAAAAUUAAAAAUAUCAUCGUAACGUAUCAAGCCGGUACCGCUGGACCAUCGGUUGAAUGGCUGAUGACCGGGCUCUUCUUUAUUAGUUUAGGAAAGUCCAAAAUAUAGAAUUAUGAAUACUUGGUAACGACCCUAGUCAAUAGCAGAGAAACAUGAACGAUGGUCAUACUUAGGCAGUGAGGGGAGAAUUACUGGAAAAGCGACAAUUAGUCACCUGCCCAGCUGGUAGUUGAUGCAGCUUGGAGCGUACACGAUUGUCAUGUCAGCAAAGCGUUUAGUGAUUUGACCAGAUUGCAGUUGGAAAUCCGGCCUCCACAUGUUUGCUUUUUACGUAGGGCCAGACGCUUUGAGGGAAAAAGCGAACAGUACAACAUAGAAAUGUCAACUCUUAAGUUAUUUUUAUUUUAUCAGACAACCACGCCUUUUAAAGCGAUGAGUAAAUAUGUGGCCUAAUGGGAACCACGAAUAAGCGGGAAAUCGAUAUUUCAGUCUCACUCCCUCUUGAGCACGAGAACAUGAUAUCAUAUUUAUAUCGUGAAAUGACAACUCACUCUGAUGGAAGUUACAUCCUGAUUCAAAUUUAUCUGUUCCCAUAGAAGCUUCUUUGUUCGAAUCACAUUACUCCAACUGGAAAUAGCAAUUCCUUUAACACUAACAGUUGAAUCAAUAAAGAUCAUCUGUGAAGUCUGUUCAAACAGCAGUUGUCCAAUACCUCUGCAUCGAUGAAAUCAUGUUCAGAAAAUAACUAGACUAUUACAACCCACCUUAAGAUUAAAUGUGUUUUUUCGGCAACCGCGUUUUGCAUUAUUUGGGCAAAAGAGGAUGAGUUUUCACUGAAGCACUUAGAGGAGACAUCCGUUAGAGUUGUACUUUUACUUUAAACUAUUUUCAUCUGGCCUUCUCUGGGUAAUUUCCCAUAGUCCCUUUCCCACAAUAACACUCGGCGUCGGCCACAACCGGCCCUUGAUAAUGUUUUGCAUAUUUCACUUAACCUGGCACCUAUCUAACAGGAACAGAAGUGCGCUUGUCAGCGUGGCUUCAAUGUUUGUUUGCCACUUACAGUAGGUGGGCUAACUCAUGAAAUGUUAACCGAAAUUCCCAAACGCGUAUUCUUUUCGAAAGAUUAAUUCAGUAGGGUUGUGAAACUAGUCAGCCUUAAAGAUAAUUAUAUAAUGAUUCAAUUACCUCACGAUGCCGGCUUUCGAUUGAGCGUCCUUCAAUCUGCAUGCAAAAACCCAAUUCUGUAAAAACGAUUACUUACGCAGCAUGCAUUUUUCUCAUUGAUUUUCGAUGCCCUAAAAUGUGCAAUUGUAUUUCAUGGAAAACAUGCACAUAAUAUUCGCUCUCUUGCUCAUUCAUUAAAUAAUUACGUCUUUUUCUAAAUUUAUACUUGAAGGAUGGACAAAAUUCAGUUAAAAAAAUUUCUAAUUUUGAGACUUUUAAUACCGUGAAAUGGCCGUUCAUAAAUCGUCAUGUCUCAGCAUUUACCCAUGUUGCUUGUAUAGUUAACAAUAUGGAUCAAAUCCACUGCUAAAUUUUAUGAACACUCUAUGGUCCCCCUUUUUAACCAUAGAGAAACGUGUGGUUUUCCGUACGCUGAAAAUAUACGACUUGUGAUUUGGAAACCCUGAAUCCAAGUGUAACGGUAGAGGAGGCUCAAUAUUAUUCAGGAAUUGGAAAAAAUUUUGAAAACGGAAUUAUGUCCCUCCGAGUAUAAAAAUAGAAGAAGAUGUAAUGAUCCGCGGAAUGAGCAAAAGAGCGAAUAUUUUAUGCAUGAUUUCCAUGAAGUAUAAUUGGACAUUUAAGGGCAUAGAAAAUCAAUGAGAAAAAUUCAUGUUGCGUAAGUAGUCAUUUUUACAGAGUGUAGUUUUUGCAUGCAGUCUGAAGGAAAUUCAUUCGAAAGCCGGCAUCCUGUAAUAAUGGAAUCAUUAUAGAAUUUUGUUUCAGGCUGACUAGUUUUUUAUCCCUACUUAAGUAAUCCUUUCGAAACGAAAACACAUUUGGGAAUUUCGGUUAACAUUUCAUGAGUUAGCCCACCUACUAUACUUAUUGGCAGUAGAUAUAAUUUUAAUGAGUCGAAAUUCUGACUGAGAUACCCUGGAAAAUAUUUAUUUGCUUUCGGCACACUUUAUCGGGUGAAAUAAAACAUGUGAAUAAUUAUGUAAAUCUAGUUUUUGUUGCUGUUCCGACUAUGUAAGAGAUGUCGAAUGUGAGAGGAUAAUUAGAAACAGUAUCUGCUGGUGAUUAAGGAUGGUCAGCGUAAAUGAGAAGAGGACUAGGGUGCCAAGUGUCGGGGAGGCAUGAAAAUUCCCACAAAAUUAUUCAGUUACUUGUCUUUUGAUAGUGGUAAGCUCAGAAUCUGCACGACGUUACACUGUGCUAAUAGAACUGGCUUCCGUAAUCUAAUUGUGGUCGCCUCUGUACAUCAUCGUCACUCAUGCGAAAGACCUCGUUGGGUUCACACAGUCCUGGAGAAAUAUUCUUCGAGUGGAAUACACCUACUUCGGCACAGAUAAAACAGUCCGCGCCGGCUGCGACAUUGUAGAAACAUCUGGGUAGAUUUGAGCACGUACUUCGUCGUCAGCUUCAUGAGGUCAGUGUUCCAGCAUCGUUGCCAUCUGGAGGCAUCGAUGAGGAGAUCAACUCAGAACAUAGCACCGUACAGUUCGGCAAGAUAUGAAAGUGGUCUUUGGAUCUUCGGUAUUCGGUCCCCGUUGUGGUUUGCGCUGUCCAGAUCUGCUGGCGCGGAUCGAUUCGCGUGUAGGUGAAAAUGCACUGGACUAUUCAUGAUCGCAGAUAUGUCUGGUACACAAUGCCCCAAAUUAGUAUAAAACCGAGUGAAAAGUAAUACCUGGGAUCUCGAUUGGAUAGCAGAAGAAAUGCCGAGAAUCUACACUUUACGACCUUUUGAAUCCAUACAGGAGGUCAUGAGAGAUGAGGAGGAGGAAACUCAUAAAUGAUUGAGCAUUUAAACCUACUUCAGCCCGUCGACGUUUGAGUCUCGGCAGGGAAUGGGCAGCACCGUCUGACGAUGAGAUGGCGGUGUCCCAGAUCGUGUCUCCUUCUCGGCGAGUGUCCCACAUCUCUACUCACGCCAAGGAUAAAUCUCAAUGACUUGGCCUAGUGGACACAAACGUAAUGUCUUAGGUGGAAGUGCGUGAACAACCUGAGAGCAACUCAAGGAUUUGACCGCCGACGCAGCGUUUUUGUCAGCCGACAUACCGGUCUACUUCUGACUUAUCCGCCCCUUGCUCUCUCUCUACCGAGGACAAAAACCACGACAGCGUGAUAAAACAUUACUAAAACAGCCUAAUUUUUCAGUUUUGGUUCUCGAAACUGGACAUUAAUAAUAAUGAUAAUACUUGUACUUACCACCAGUUUACAGGCAUUUUGAGGCAAGCGCAAAACAAAAAUCCGGCCAGCAAGGAAAAAAAUCCUUUCAAAAGGAGAUAAAAAUAAAGUGAAUGGUGGCUUUUUACAGGUUAGAGAGAAAAAACUGCUGACCAUGAAAUGCCGAUAGUCAAGAAAGGGAGAUGUAGCACUGCUUCGGAUAGUAUCAGUCGCCAAUUCUUUUCAUGAAGUUGGGGCUGGUCCGAAUAGAAGCGCCGAAGAACAGCUGUUACUGUUGGCUAAAGAAAUCGUCUCUGAUGAGACCGGCCAUAGAGCUCAAUGACCACAAACGCCGUCGCUACGGUGCAGUCUAUCGAUGGAUUCAGCACCCAAAAUUUGUGGAUUUUUCUGGAUGCAAAAAUAGAGUAAUCGUUUUUGCGGAUUCCUCACAUAACUGGGUAGUUAAUUCCAAAUAACAAUUUCAAUUGUCUUAUGUUCUAGUCCGAAAACGCCAAUUAAUGCACCGUCCCAUUCUUCCAUCUCCCGGAGAUUCACAUAAAAUUCUCUAAUUAGGGUGCGAUGCGCAUGUUCUCUGUUUUAUGAAACCCUACAUUAUACGAUAUCAUCUGUUUGCCCAUGCUUGAGCGCGCCUUGCUGUGGCCAGAAAAUACAGCCUCCGCACAGCGCUCAAAGAAAUUCUGCUUUUUUGGCCAUUACAUCUGGGUUCACUGUGGUAUUUAAAUCCCCACUCCGUAUUCUGUCAUGCCUCAGAUGCCCUGCUUAUUUAGGGUUGCAUUGGAAAUUUCGGCAUCAAUAAUAACACCGAAAUUGACAUCUUCGGAUUGGCUGAGUCAAAAUUUGGAUCGAACAAAACAACGCCCGACUGUCAGUGGCAGGUGGUGCCGGGUUGUUUCCAGCGUCCUGUGACUGCUCCUUCUUGUAACCAGGAUAAGAAACGGAGAGAUUACAGCAACGGAAGCCACGACCUCCCCUACUGUCUCAACGAUGGUGUCUGUCUUCAAGUCUGGACUUCAUUGCGUUGUGCCUGCGAACUGACUACUUUCACUGGAAAACGGUGCCAUCUCCGUAAGUGCUUCUACCAUUUUCCGAUCGACUUUUAUUCGCAAAAAACCAAGGCACAGAACGUAUCAGAGUCCUGUCGGUGUUCUUCUGUUUGCCGUUAGAGAAAAGGCUAUUAAUAUUUCCGACGUUAGAGAUACUCGAGGCAACGGUGGCUGUUUGGACCUAAUAGCUUAGUUGUGAAUUACCUCCAACAGCCCGUCCGUGUAUUACAACUUUUGAGCACUUCAACUUAUUUGCUAUACAAAUUUACUGGCCAAUCAUCUGCUAUAAAGUAUGCGAAAUUCCAUUUUAGUAGUCCUGCCUUCAAAGCACUAGAAUCGUAUGAUUGUAAAAAAUUCCGUUUCACGGCCUUGCCAGCAGUUAGUUUGUUUAGUAUCCGCCGUCAACUUACUCAUGAACAAGGCAGCAUAUACAAAACAUGCAAAUGCUACUUAAAUGAGCCGGCAUUCACGAGUCGGCUCAAUACCAGUGACUAGGAAUAAUCUCGGCGGAAAAUAAGAAAUUCAUAGUAGGCCAAAUAAUUAGAGGUAAACUUCUGUCGAGCGCUGGUGUUACACAACGCUUUGGCGUAUUUCAGAGAGAUGACAAUCUGGAGGUAUUCCAGUCAACUUUUCAGAAAUAUUUUUACGGACGGAUAACUAAUCAAAGUGACUUAUUACUCUAGCAGGAAGUAGGGAAAUACCAAUGAAUGUAGGCCUUUCCAGGGGCGGAUUUUUAUUCCACAAUUUCAGUUGUCCUCUAGAAUGUUUUUUGUGCCGAGGCGGACAAAACGGUCAUACAUUUUGCUCUGGAAGAAAAAGUGGCAUCAUGGAAGCUCACUGUUUCUAAACGUACGUCUUUAGCAUAGACGUGCGCGCAGCAGACGAUUGAUUUACGAACUUGAACCAGAGUUCUUACUGCAGAAUUUUGGUAAGAUCGCAGUUGGUAGCCAGGCAUUAUAAGCUGAUACUGUCGACGGACAUACUUGUUAUCAGUAGGUGUGCUUAACUUGUCUGAGGUGGGCUUCUACUGCAUUUGGUAGGUCGCCCGUUUCGGUCAGGUUGAUGGGUUUAGUGAGGGUUAGAGUUCGGCGUUUCUAUGUAAGGGUUAUGGUUUACGUUUACGAUUAUGGUUUGGCCUUAGGGUUGGGGUUUGGAUUUAGGGUUAGUGUAAUGGUUUUCUGGGUUAAGGUUUGGGAAAUUUGGUUUCCGCUUUACGUUAGAAGUUAGGAUUAGGGUUUCGGUUAAUGGUUUCCGAUUUCCGGGUUAGGGUUAGGACUUCAGGUUUAGGUUUCGGGGUUACGGUUAGGAUUUGCGUUUAAGAUUGGGUUUCAGUAUUAAGGUUAGGUUUUAGAGAGAGGGCUACGUCUAAGGGCUACGGUUAGGCUUAAGAAAUACGGUUAGAGUUAAGUUACCGUUAAGCUAAGACAGGGGUCGUGCCGUCCGCUUCCACAUUCCUGGCUACCAGAAUUUUUUAGCCAUUUGUAUAAUACUCAAACCCUUCUUAUGCUUAAUGUCAAUAAAGGCACAAUAACCAGUCCUCUAGACGAACGACAGUAGAAUAAGAUAUUUUUCACAUGUUCAGGAUCCUUUCUAAGUGAAUACAUUUCGGAAACACAGACGCUCGCAAUUAAAUAUUAGCCAAGCGUUGGCAAUUCGCACGCCCUGUGGGCCAUUUAUGUCACUGAGGGAAAUUGAAAGGCUCUUCUCUUGAAGCACGAGUUAUAUUCGGUUUCUGUGAAUAUGCUCUCCGAUUUUUAAAAGUUGCAUGUGCAUAUUCACUGUAUAUAGAUACAGAAGCUGCGGCAAGCGUUUAAAUCAUCCAGAUAGCAUAUGAGUCAGUGCUUUAUGAGCGCUCGAUGGAUUCUCUAGCAGUUAGAGAGGACCAUAAAGACUGUCUAUUCUAGUAUAAAUCAGUCUACCAGUUUAUAUACAAACAGCGUUCCGGGCCUGGGCAGUCAAAACAAAUAUUUUGGGUGAAAAAAGUUACGCUGUCUAAGUGACGACGGCCGUUGGCUGACCCAAGGCUAACUGUUCCAAACGCCCAACGGGUAAGGACUCUACAGUAAACGUCUAUGGUUGCCUUUUAAAAUAUCAUGGAUCAAAGAAGAUUUAACUGCUAAAUUUAGCACAUGUCCCUAAAGCCUCUUUUACACGAAAAAGGAACAGACCACGUCUGGGAAGGUUAUCGGUGUGAUCGUAAAUCCGUGUCCGAUCGCGUUAGCUAACAUAAUAGCAAGCUGAGAUUUUAGAGAUUUACUAAAAUGGACCUCUACUACCGAUAGCUACUGCGUUCUUUCCCUUUAAUAUAUACACACACGAGAGUUCGAACGUCGAUUCCGAUGAUGUCCACGUUCUGCAACACAGUCAGGUGCAGCAGGCACGAUGACUUGCGCGUGAAUUAAUUUAUGGUGAUAGUGGACUUCCGCAGUAUUUACCGCACUUUCUGUUCCCCCACUGGAUCCGGUGUCAACGCAGAGUCACGAAGACCGGAGGCGGGGGGGGAGGGCGCAGGUGAAUGGCACGGCCGAAUCCGCACCAUGGCGCUCAAUUCCACACCCCAUGGCCUACACAGCAAAUGACCAGGUUUUUAAUCAACAACAACAAUAGGGCGCGACAGGGGUCUCAAUGUGCGUGGCGUCAGCCGGAAACUGGGUCCGCCAUCGCACCCCCGAACACACAAGCACACCCACACAAUAUUAAGGAAAGUCAAUUCAGUCCAAAGCGAAGGGAUGCGGUCUCAGUGGAACAAACUUUCAGUCUUUUUUUAAUGGCAAAACUGUCAAUUUUACUUGCCGACAGUUCGUCCGUCGAUUUCGACGAUGACCACCGUGUGCCCCACAGACUGCAUUGUGGGAGCAGGGACGGUGACUUACGCAGGGGUUUAUAGUGCCAGUAGACUUGCGUAGCACCUACCUACACUCUCUCCUCCUUCCCCGCCUGGGCCCGGUGUCAAGACCAAGUCAAGAAGACCGGAGACGGGGGAGGCCGCAGGUGGAUGGCUCGGACGGAUCUUCGCCUUGGCGCUCCACUCCGCACCCCUGGUCCACACACCAAUGACCAGGAUUUUGACCACAAAACAAUGGGGUGGAGGCAGUGGUCCAGUUGUGCGACGAAUGCCGACAACAGGGUCCGCCAGCGCACCCCGCAAAUGUUGGCAUUUGUUAUUGCGCAGAGAUAACGCCUGCCAGAGUCCGAUGUGGCCCCCGUGUUGGUCCAGCGUAUCUAACACGUGGCCCGUUUUGAUGCAUAUAUUGAAUAACUUUGGUAAUGUGCAUUUCGAGGUGAUGAAAUGGAAGGGAAAGGCUAGUGGAGAAAGUAAAGUCGUGUAAGUUGCCAUUUUAGCUGAUUGCACCGACGCGGAAUGAGAAGUAGAAGGUGAGAUUAUCGAACUAGUUUUGGGAGUACAGAGGCUGAAAAGAUAGACUGACGUCCGUUGGAUGGAGGUAGACAUCGUGUUUUGAUUGGCACACACGGCCCAACACGAUGUCCACUUUCCCUCCCACCGAUGUCUCUUUUAUGGACGUAGUUUGUGUCCCCCCCCCCAACACCCAAUUGCGAUAAUCUUUCCUCCUCACUACGCAUUUCGUCUGUUGAGGGGUUGAUGUGACAGGCUUGAAAAGUUGCGAUCCUAGCUCUGUUUUCCCUAUGAGCCUUCUCCUUUCGGCACGUCCUGAGGCUUGGUAUUUCGGUACGGACGGCAUCAACCGCCAUGACUCGAGCAGCUGGCGGCCAUGUUGACCUAGAUGUCCGUUACGAGUGUCUCCGGUCACUGUGGACUGACUGUAGCCCAAUUCAAAAACAACAACUGCUAAUGCAUGCCCGGACAGAUCUGCAGAUCGAGGUCGCCCCAGAGUCGCGCGAAUUGUUGACCAUCAAUACCCACCGCGGUCUGUUCCAAUACACCAGGCUGCCCUUUGGUGUCAAGACCGCCCCGGCCCUAUUCCAACAAACGAUGAACGAAAUGCUCUCCGGCAUCCCUGGCACAGCUGGGUACCUGGACGACAUCAUCAUCGUGGGUCGCUCCCCUGCCAAGCUGCAAGACCGAGUGUGCGCAGUACUCGAACGCGUGCAGGAAUAUGGCUUUCGCCUACGCGCCAACAAGUGCCAAUUCUUCCUCGACUCCAUCAAGUGCCUUGGAUUCGUUUUUGACGUCACUGGUCACCAUCCAGAUCCUGAAAGCAUUCGGGCCAUCCAACGGAUGCCUGCACCCAAGAAUGUAUCGCAACUUCGUUCGUUCCUUGGCCUGAUCAGUUACUAUAGCGCCUUCCUACCAUCGCUGCAUGACGUACGGGCCCCGCUCAACCGUCUGUUGCAGAAGGAUGCUCCUUGGUGCUGGUCCCCCGACUGUGAAAAGGCCUUCGCCCAGCUAAAGUCGAUGCUGAGUUCAGAUCUGCUGCUCACGCACUACGACCCGACGCUGCCGAUCGUUGUUACUGCAGAUGCUUCCAACCACGGAGUUGGUGCCGUCAUCUCACAUACUUUUACUGAUGGGUCUAAAAAGGCGAUCAUGCAUGCAUCUCGCACGCUAACCCCUGCGGAGAAGAACUAUGGGCAAAUAGAGAAAGAAGCUCUAGCCCUCGUGUUUGCCGUCAAGAAAUUUCACAAACUGUUGUACUGUCGCCACUUCACGUUAUUGACGGAUCACAAACCAUUGCUGUCAAUCUUCGGUUCGAAGAAGGGCAUUCCCGUCUACUCAGCCAGCCGACUUCAGCGAUGGGCAACUAUCCUUCUUGGCUACGAUUUCGACAUUUGCUACUGUCGUACUACAGACUUUGGUCAGGCUGACGCCCUUUCUCGCCUCACCAGCAGUCAGCAGGAACCGGAGGAAGAUACCGUGAUUGCCGAUAUUUCGAUUAAGGACGAUGUGCGCCGUCAGUUAUCAGACGCCAUACGAGGUAUCCCUGUCACUGCCGCGGACAUCCGACGUGCCACUGAACAGGAUCCUGUCCUCCGUCAGGCCAUCACCUACGUGCAGACCUGCUGGCCAACCACUGUUCUUGCUGGUGAUCUUCGUCAGCUCUUCCUCCGCCGAGCAUCGCUAUCUGUGGUUGACUCCUGCCUCACGUUUGCAGACCGUGUGGUGAUCCCAUCUUCCCUCCGACCCACUGUACUACGCCAGUUCCAUGCCGCUCAUCCUGGUACCAGCCGAAUGAAGUCAAUUGCUCGCAGUUUUAAUUACUGGCCGGGUAUCGACGGCGACAUCGACGACCUGGUUCGACGCUGUUCUCGAUGUCAGCAAGCUGCCAAGAUGCCGCCUCGUCAACCGCCAGUACACUGGGAACCACCGGAGAGGCCUUGGUCACGCGUGCAUAUCGACUUCGCUGGCCCACUUAACGGAGUCUCCUACCUAAUCUUGGUUGACGACUACCCGAAAUGGCCCGAGGUUGCUCCGCUGAAUCCAGCAACCGCAUCUUCCACUAUCGCCUUCCUACGACGCAUCUUUAGCCAGCAUGGCUUACCAGAAGUCCUGGUUUCAGAUAAUGGUUCUCAGUUUAUCUCGUCGACGUUUGAAGAUUUCUGCCGCCAGCACAACAUCCAGCAUUUUCGCUCCCCGCCCUACCAUCCUCAGUCUAACGGUCAGGCGGAGCGUUUUGUCGACACUUUUAAGAGAGCCCUUUUGAAAGCUCGUGGGGAGGGGACCACGGACGAGAUAGUCCAGGCGUUCCUGUUUUCCUACAGGACGACACCGAACCCGGCGUCCCCUGGUGGCGUUUCUCCUGCCGAAGCGUUGAUGGGCCGAAAACUGCGUACAACGUUUCAUGCCCUCGUCCCUACCGGUGCGCAGCCCGCGCAGACUUCUCCAGUUUCUCGCAGCAAGCUCUUCAUCGGAACACCUGUCUUCGUUCGUGAUUAUCGAGCGGGGUUCCCAGACUGGAUUGAAGCAACCGUAGUAUCGCACAGAGGCAGUAUGUUGUUUGACGUCGACGUUGGUGAUGACAUCUGGGUUCGCCACCACAACCAGAUCCGACGGCGACAUUGCAGUAACACAACUGGGCUCGAUUCGGCGCCGUCACUCUCUCUCGACAUCCUACUGGAUAUCUUCGCCAUUCCGGCAGAUCAGUCGGUUCCCGAAUCCACUUCUGCGCCCCCUUCGGAUAUACCAUCUUCGGUAUCAGUUACCGCUCCCGUAUCUCCAGGCAUUAAACCACGACUAAGACGCCGGACCAACCGCGUGCGCCGAUCAACACUGCCGAUGCAGAUCAGUCCACGCCAGAAGCGGUACUGA